AUGAAAACCUCUACUUCCUCUCUCCUCCGAAGCACCUUACUCGCUUCAAUCUUCCAAGCCUCCGAAGCCCUAGUCGGUCUAUCAUGGAGCGUAUCCGACGUCCCAACAACCGGCCUAAAAGACAUAACCUUCCCCAUCUCAAUGCCUAAUGCCCCCCACGUCUCAGGCUUCUACUUCGCCCAACAAUUCAACUUCGUCGGCGAAUCCGACGUAGGCUACACAGGUCUCCAACCACGCGAAGACUCAGGCUCUUCAUCCGUCGUCCACGCCGCCUUCUCAAGCUUCAUAAACGGCACUACAUCCGACGAUAGCAACUGCAGUAAUGGCGCAGAUGGAGGCGCCGGCGUAAGCUGUGCCGUCGAUGUAGAUGCCACAUAUGCCGAUGGAUAUAAUCUUGUCAUCAAGAAUACUGCCGGUACUACUUGGACCGGAACACUGGUUGAUGCUGUUUCGGGAACAGAGACGCAUAUUGGUUCUUAUACUUUGCCUGAUGGGGCGGGGGGAAUUGAAGGCUCGCAGGUCGGCUUUGUGGAAUAUUAUCCUUGGAACUCGGCUGCUAGUCAUUCUUGUAGUGAUUUGCCGAAGACGGAGGUUACGUUUGGAAAUCCUACUACUUCGGCUGGGAACUCGGGGAGUGUGGAUAAGCCUUAUGAGUAUGGGGAUUGUGUUGGGACGGCUGGGUUUGAGACUGUUCAGACUGAUGGUGGGUAUCAGGUUACUGUUGGGUUUUAG